UUUUUUCUUUUUCAUUUCUGUAAUAAUAAUAUGCCCAUCCACAAUUCCACUCCACUUUAUUCUCCUCAAUUUUCCACCAUAAUAAUAAUAAUGUUCGAAUCACACUUGAAAUGAAAUAUUUCAUCAAGUCCACGUGUCUCUAUAUCUUUUAAGGACUUAAUACUGAAUGUAAAAACAUUCUUGUUUUUCUUGCUUUGAUCGUAUAACUUUCAUUCUCUCUUAUCUGUUUAGAGUAUAUGAAGAAGAGAGUUAUGGAUACUUUAGCUUUAGAUGAUAUAAUAAACCGUUUACUUGAAGUUAGACAUAGACCAGGGAAACAAGUACAACUGUCUGAGUCUGAAAUCAGACAUCUUUGUCUUAAGUCUAAGGAAAUUUUCAUGCAACAACCUAAUCUUCUUGAGCUUGAUGCACCAAUAAAGAUCUGUGGGGAUAUUCAUGGUCAGUAUUCUGAUUUACUGAGGCUAUUUGAAUACAGUGGAUUUCCUCCAAGAUCCAAUUACCUAUUCUUGGGCGAUUAUGUGGAUCGUGGGAAGCAGAGUCUUGAAACAAUAUGCCUUAUGUUUGCAUAUAAAAUAAAGUAUCCUGAGAACUUUUUCCUUUUGAGGGGAAACCAUGAAUGUGCUUCCGUUAAUCGUAUAUAUGGAUUCUAUGAUGAGUGUAAACGAAGGUUCAAUGUUCGUCUGUGGAAGAUAUUCACAGAUUGUUUUAACUGCCUGCCUGUGGCAGCUCUGGUUGAUGAAAAGAUAUUGUGCAUGCAUGGUGGACUCUCCCCCGAACUUCGUCAUCUCGAUCAGAUAAGGAACCUCCAACGACCAACUGAUGUUCCGGAAGCUGGACUACUUUGUGAUCUUUUAUGGUCAGAUCCUAGUAGGGAUGUGAAAGGAUGGGGAAUGAAUGAUAGAGGUGUUUCCUACACAUUUGGUCCAGAUAAGGUGACCGAGUUUCUUCAGAAGCAAGAUCUUGAUCUCAUUUGCCGUGCCCACCAGGUCGUGGAGGAUGGGUACGAGUUUUUCGCUGACAGACAACUAGUGACGAUAUUCUCAGCCCCUAAUUAUUGUGGAGAGUUUGACAAUGCUGGUGCUGUGAUGAGUGUGGAUGAGACACUGAUGUGCUCUUUCCAGAUAAUAAAGCCCGCAGAGAAGAAGCCUAAGUUUGGAUUUGGAAGCACGACUAAAGAUGGAACUUCCCUAACCAAAACAAAGUCAUUUCUGGGUAGAAUUGGAUGAAAUAAACUGAACACUUCAUCACCUCGGUCAGUUCCGUGACAUGCAGCCUCGUCAGAUGUUUGGCUCGGGUUGGAAGCAUCGAAGUAAGAGUCUGAAUAUGAAGAUACCUAUGCAUGAUAGGAAUCGAGAAAUCUGUUACAUUUCUGAUUGCUGUGUAUAAUAUAAACCAAAAUCUGGUGAGCAUGACCUCUUAUGAUUCACCAGCAGAAAGAUUUACUAACCCAUCAACUCUUUUAUUUGUGUUUAGGGGUGUAAAUGAGUCGGGCUGUUUGUGAACAAAAGUUCAGCUCAGGCUCGUUUUAUGAAACGAGUUGAGCUGAGCUUUUGUUCGCCUUUCAGCUUAAAUAGUAAUAGAGCUGAGCUCAACAAAAGUCGGCUUGUUUGUUAGUUUAUGAAUGUUUUACAUUUCAAAAGUAUGUUUGUAUUCGUUUCGUGAUCUCAACGUUGAAAGUAUAUUGUCACGUUCCAGAUGUCCUACUAGCAGUGGACAGUGCCGGCUGUUGAAUAUGUUUAGUGUCUCACAUCGAUUGAGUGAAUAAGUUUUUGUCUCUUCAUAUGAA